AUUAGCGCGUGAUUGAUUUCAUUUGGCGCCAAUUUUCAACAACUUGUUCCCGUUGGAUAGUGAUACUGCUGAGCGAAGGGAACUUCUUCGAUUCGGUUUCAUGGCCACACAAACCCUUCGUCCUCCUAAUUUCUCCGAGAUGCUUCUGGGAAGUUGAGUGAGAGAGCUUCUUAAGUUACUUUGGAGAUGCAGAAGCUAAUUUUGACUUAUACUAGAAGCUAUUGUUCAAAGAAUAUAAUUAUUGAUGUAGCUUGGGUACCAAGUUGGCUUCAGAAUCUUAGAACAGAUGGGUUUGAUGAAUAUGUAAAGGAAUCUCAAGCUCCUUCCAACCAAGCAGAAAAGGAUUUGGCAAUUUCUUCCAAAAAUGGUAUUGAUGUCAAAGGCUUUAAUGUAUUAUCAAGGGAAGAAGGUGGAUACAGGAGUUGCCAUUUAUUCUUAUCUGGAAGCGAUAGUUCAUCUCUUAGUGUUGCUCCAUCUCCUGGAAAUGUGUUUCAGUUUAGUCUGCAUCUUUCUUCAGACGUCGAUUCACUCUUUUGCCCAACUCAAGAUUGGAAUCAAUCUCAUGCAGUUGCUCCUAGUAAAGCUUUUUCAUUGCAACCUGCUCAAACUUCCGUUGAUUUUAGAGAGAACAUGCAUUCCAUGAUGGGCGAUCGUGCUUGUGAACAAGAUGUGUUGGCUGCAUUCGUUUCUGAAACAACGAAAAAAGAUUCUUUAAAAUCUCCCAUGGAUACAAUUGGUUCUGUGGGACAACAGAAAGAAAAACCCAAGGUCAAAUGUUUCAAAAGUGAUGAUAUCAGUGAUGCAGUUGAACUUUCUAUUGCAGCAUCUGAGGCACUGGUCAUACAUGAUUUAGUAAAGACGGAGUCAGUAUCAGAAACAUUGAAUACAGAAGUUGUACUUGAAAUUGCACUUCGUGUGAAGCAGGCACGUCUUGAGGGGUUAGAAGAUAUCUUUCUUUCAUCAUCCGUGGAAUCUGACUGUAGUGAUUCUCUUUCUGAUUUAAAUGAUUUCCUUAUGGAAGAUGCCUAUGAAGAUAUAGGCUUACCUAUUGGGUUUUACUUUGAAGGACAUCUUUCCAAUUCAGCUAUAUUUCAUGCAAAAUGUGUGUCCCGUGAUGAAAGUUAUAUUGGAGGCAAUAAUAAACAUAAUGAUAAAGAGCUUAUUUCUCAGCUUGCCAAAUUUGGUGAAAAGUUUGAACAAAAGAAGUUAGACGUCGACGCGAAGAUGGAAGUGCAGCAAAAUUUAGAGUCACCUCCACAUUAUUUGUGUGGUGAGAGGGUGACAUGUGAUUUGGGUGCAGACACUCCAAAACUUUUUGUGAAUGAUCUUCCUACAACUCAUCAAUACAAAGAGAGUAUUACCAAUGAUUUAGCCCUCAAAAAGACAGAUGGUUCGGAAAUGGCUGAUCUUACUUCAAUCAAGCCACAAAAUGGUGCUAACUCUUCACUUUUUGACACUCCUGAAAAUUUCGGAAAUGAGAAAAAUGAGAACUGGGCAACUUACCCAGCUCCAGAAAGAUUUAGAAGCCGCUGGUUAGGGGGUUGGACAUGUAAGGAAUUAGAUUCAUCUUCAUUGAACAAGAACAAUGCAAAAUGGAUGCCAAAGUGUCUUGUCAGAGAGACAAGCUUUCUUACAGAAUCUGCAGAUAUUGUUCCAGAUGACAACUCUCGUGUGCCAGAACAUGAUCCCAAGUGUGUCAGAGAGACAAGCUUUCUUACAGAAUCUGCAGAUAUUGUUCCAGAUGACAACUCACAUAUGCUGAAACAUGAUCCCAAGCGUGUCAACGAGACAAGCUUUCUUACAGAAUCUGUAGAUAUUGUUCCAGAUGAGAGCUCAUGUGUGUUGAAACAUGACCCCAAACGUACCAUUAGUUCUCAGCUAAGUAUGCCUUGUGAAGGUUCUCACAAUAAACCCGAUGAGGGUGUAUUGCAUUCUCAAGAUAUGGUCAGAUGUUCUAGUCUAUCGCUGAUUGAUCCUCUUUGUUCAGUUGUUCCAUGUAGCAUUGCUUCAGAACAUGACAAUUACAAAAGUCUUAUUGACAAAGACAAUGAUACCGAGUAUUUUACCCCUUUAGUCUCUGACUUUGAGGUGAACAAUUGUCAAAGGAUCUCAGAUAAGAAUACAACAUUGGAAUGUAGAGAUGAGAAAAUCAUGGCUAUACUAGAUGGGAAAGAUAUCCCAAUUACUACAUCAGAGAUGGUUGAACAAAUGUCUGAGAAGUUAACCAGGGUUGAGCAUACAUAUCUUAAGACUUAUAGCAUGAUUUUACCAAACCAAGAUGUUAACCAAAACUGUAAUUUGACACCACUUUCAACUAAUCAGAGUAUUGGUGGAAUUGAUGCUGCAUCUUUGGGCACAAGGGUUUCAGAGUCUCCCUCUCCAUCAAAGGCCGCCGAUGAAAACAAAAUUGAAGUGAAUCAUCAACAUUUGAUUGAUCAAAAGUCAAUUAUACAAAUUACCGAUGACAAGAGUAAUGAGUUAAAAGCCUCAGAACUGACACAUGGGAGGAGCUCACCUAUUAAUCUAAACCAUAGGACACGCCACCGCUUGGUGGGACCUAAAACUGAUGUAAAUAAUUAUUGUAUAGAGAAAAAUAUAGAGCAAUAUGUAGUACCGGAAACUGUUGUUCAGCAUCAACAGAACAAUAACCUUAAUAAGGUACAAGUCAAGGGCAACAAAUUCCUUGGUGGACAUGUUAGAGUCAGAAAGCAAGUACAUUUCUCAGAUAAAGUGGAGGAGCUUCCUCAGAAAAGGAAUUUGUCAAAGUUGGAAUCUUCGCAUAAAAGAUGUUCGUCUAUUAGAGCAAAAAGGCAACGAAUUUCAAAGUCGUCGACUGCUUCUGCACCUCGUAUGAAACAUUCUUUGACAAAUCAUUGCAAAGGUGUAGUGAAUGAAUUCAUAUUUCGAGGUACCGAGUUCCUCCUCACUGGAUUAUCUAGCCAGAAAGAAAGGAACCUGGAGGCACUUAUAAGGAGUUCUGGUGGGGUGAUUCUUUAUGAUAUUCCCUCUCCACCAAAUUCAAAGAGCAAAAGAAGUUCAAACCUAUCUUGCUUGCAACUUCCUAUUAUUCUAUGUAACAGAAAGCUCAAAACAAUCAAAUUCUUGUAUGGCUGUGCUGUUGGAGCCUCAAUACUAAAAGUUGACUGGCUAACUGAUUGUCUUGCAUCUGGAACUAUUUUGCCACCUGAAAAAUACAUGAUUCUUCCAAAUCGAAAUGACAUGAAAUGGACAAGGAUUGGAAUGGCAGUUCAUCACAGAAUCCAAAAUCAUAUUUUUGAUAGAGUAGGCAUUAUGCUUCACGGGAAGCAUAGUUUCUGCACUAAAUUCGCAUGUAUCAUCAAGCAUGGAGAUGGACGGACGUUCAAAACUCUUCAAUGGUUAGUUCGGAGCAUCAAUGAAGAAAGGAGUUUGGUGGGAGCCAUUGUAGUUGAAGAGAAGGCUUCGAUAUCACGUCACCUGAAGUCCUGUGCUUUGGAGCUGGAUAUUCCUAUUGUGCCUUCUAGCUGGAUCAUUAAAAGCUUAUAUUCAGGAAAGUUACUUCCUUUCAUGGAAGAAAAUAAUACGUUUUCACUGCCAUUUGUUAAGAUCCUUGAACUUCAAUAUUCCGUUGAUAUGAGUGAAGAAAUAUAAAUUUUUUCAGCCGUCAAUGUACCUAUGUAUUGUAAACAUUAUUUAGUCCAUCAUGACUGCAUAUUAUGUAUGAUUAGAUAUAGGCAUGUACAUUGCCAACUAGAUAAUUGAUUUUUUUAUUUAUUUAAAGUGUACAAAUGAUAUUUCAGUUCA